AUUUAAUUUGGUGAGAAGUCACCGAAGUUGAGAGUAAUCAUCACCCGAAGUUUCACCAGAAAAUUUCUUAAACUUCCAUUUAAGCUCGAGAUUUGGGCGAAAACAUGUCUACUGAUCACCAUCAUCACACCAAGACGGAUUCCGAAGGAACGAGCUUGGCGCCAUCAUCACCGAACCGGCCGGUCUACUACGUCCAGAGCCCGUCGCGGGACUCCCAUGACGGCGAAAAGACCACAAACUCCUUCCACUCCACCCCCAUUCUCAGCCCUAUGGCCUCCCCCGGCCGCCAGUCCCGGGGGGACUCCUCCUCCUCCACCCGGUUCUCCGGUUCCCUCAAACCGGGCUCCCAGAAGUCCACCAACAGUAGCCGCCGCCACCACCGCGAUGCCCGCAAGGCGGAGAAGCAGUGGCAGGAGUUCGACGCCAUCGAAGAAGAAGGACUUCUCGACGACGGUGUCCGCCGGUCGGGAAUUCCUCGCCGGUGCUAUUUCCCGGCAUUCGUAGUCGGGUUUUUCGUCCUCUUCGGGUUCUUCGCUUUGAUCCUGUGGGGCGUGAGCCGCAAUCAGGACCCCGUAAUUACGAUGAAGAGUAUUUCGUUCAAUCAAUUUGCGGUUCAAGCCGGAAUGGAUCACUCCGGCGUCGCGACGGAGAUGGUGACCGUCAACUCAACGGUCAAGAUCGUGUUCCGUAACGAGGGCACCUUUUUCGGGGUGCACGUAACGUCAACGCCGUUGGAUCUCUCAUUUUCCGACCUCACUCUCGCAACAGGAACGAUUAACAAGUUUUAUCAGUCAAGAAAGAGUCAGAGGUCACUAACGGUGACGUUAAGAGGAAGUGGGAUUCCGUUAUACGGUGGGGGAGCCGACUUGACGAGCAAAGACGGAAAGCCGACGGCGAGGGUCCCAUUGACCCUGAGAUUCAAGUUGAGAGCAAGGGCUUACGUGCUGGGCAAGCUGGUGAAGCCCAAGUUCUAUAAAAAGGUACAAUGCUCUGUUGUUGUGGAGCCAAAGAAGAUGAAUGUGGCCAUUAAGUUUAAAAACUCUUGUACAUAUUCCUAGUGACUACUUAAGAACCCACAUUUGUCAUUUGUUAGAGCAUGUCCAAUGACGAGUCUCGUCUCGGAUUCCAUUUCGAGUGAAACAAAAAAAGAGAUAAAAUAUUGAGUUGGGACUGUCCAUGUUUAGUGGGACGUCGUAGGUUUUUCAUUUUUAUGUAGUUAAGAUUGUAUACAGAGUUUAAACUUACAUUAAAAAUGUUUUCAAAUACACUACAAUAUACUCCUCUUAUCCACUCAUUUUAUACGAAGUAUUUAACGGGUCAGAUAGCUUAUAUAUUUGGAUUUGGGGAAAAAUUAUCUCGCUUUGAGUCAAAACAUUUUUGUUAAAUACAAUAUUGUAGUAUGGAUGAAUUGGCAUGAAUUUUCAUGUAUUUGUGUUUGUUAAUGUUAUCUAAUGGUGCAAUAAAUGUGAGAUUUUAAUUAUAUUUGGACUCCACCAUUUGACUCCAAAGAGCAAAUUUUGGGAAUAGAAUUAGAGGUGGUUCGGGGUUGUUGGGGUUCGAGCUUAUGGGAUUUGCCGAGAACAUAUGAAUAAGAUCAAUCAAAUUUUUGAAUAGAGACCUUGUGUCGUAAUACCACAUUGUAAUCCAUUGACAAAAUAACCCCUCCACAUUUAGAAAUAUGUCAAAAUUUUAAGUGAAAAAUAAAAAAAUAAAGAUUUGGUCGAAAA